AAAGCUUAAUAUUACGUGUAUUGCUGCACAGUAAAAGCCAUGUUGCUUAACAACUGUGUCAGACAAGAGGGAAAAGUUGUCGUUGUCGUUCGUAGAAAAACAUUCCCCCGCCCGCCUCCUGAAUGAAAAUACGUGAGCCCUAUUUUCCACGCCUUCAAAAACAAGGAAAAUACCCCAAAAUACGAGAUUUUUACCGGAUGGGUGUUUGGUUUCUGCUCGUAACCUAAGAGAAAACGAUGAGCUUUACGUCUUAUAAAAUGCUAGCUGAACACAGUAUUGUCAGAGGCGAUCUGCCCAGGUGAGGUGGUGUGGUGCUGACAGAUAUGGAGGUGGGAAGUCUGCCUGUCGAGCUUUGGCGCCUCAUCCUGGCAUGCCUGCCUCUGCCAGAUCUGGGUCGAUGCUGCCUGGUGUGCAGAGCCUGGCGGGAGCUCAUUCUGAGUUUGGAUAGCACACGUUGGCGCCAGCUCUGUCUAGGAUGCCGUGAAUGUCGCCACCCAAAUUGGCCCCGUCGCCCCCACCUGCCCCCGGUUUCCUGGAGAGAGGCUCUGCGUCAGCAUGCUCUUGCCAGCCGUACAUGGACCCAGAAUGGCUCGGACCUCCACUCGUCUGCCUGCCUCCAUCUUUUCCGCCGGAGAAAAGACCGCAGAGUUUGGCAUGCCGGGACCAUAGCAGGAGGGGGCUAUGAGACUCUUAGGGGAGCGCUGGCUGCGGCAGGGCCGUAUGAUAAGGUGGUGCUCCACGCGGGUGUGUAUGAGGAACAGGUGGAGGUGUCCCUCAAGGUGCCUGUGGAGAUUGUUGGAUUGGGCAAGUUGGGGGAUGUGUCGUUGUUGGUUAGCUUUGAUCAACAAUGCCCAACAGCGAGGCUGUGCAAUCUGGUGUUCAUGCCAGCGUGGUUUUCACCGGUGGUUUAUAAGACGUCUUCUGGUCAUGUCCAGUUGGACAACUGUAACUUUGAGGGCUGUCAGCUGCACAUCUGGGGUCCAGGGACGUGUCAGGCUCGUUUCUGCUCAUUUGCCCAGGGCAGCUCAGCCCAUUUUCUGGGGGUGGCCAUCAGUUUAAUGGACAGUUGUGAGUUCUCAGGGGGAGAUUCUGCCUCUGUCACUGUGGAAGGUGCUCCGGUCUCUGAACACAACUGGGCCUUCAAACACCUGGUCGCCUUGGCCAAGACCUUCACCAUGAUGACUAGUAAUGGGUCAACUGAAAUAUCUAAUCAGGGCGGGAAAGACAGUGUGGGUGCUGGUAGUCAGGUAAACACACCCUUGGAAGGAGUUAACACAAUGGAGGACUGGAAUAAACAGGAAGUAGAUUGGGAAGCAAACUGGGCAAAACAGAAAGGUGGAGGUAGUCUUCUUCCAAGUCAGGAUGGUACAGUGAUUGAGGAGGAUGGCAUGGAAACAUCGAGUGAGUCAAGUGAGGAUGAUGAGCAAGAAGGCGAGAAAGGCACAGGCUUAAAACUUUCAUAUGAUCAGCACGGACUAGCGCAUCUCUCCAAAGCAAAUACGCCUGAUUCUUCUGCAUUUCCUGCACUGUUGAGUCUGUCUGCAGAACUGCAGAGGGAUGCAGAGGCGCGGGACUUGGCUGCAUUGGUUCAAGGCUGCCUGCUGCGGCGCUGUCUGCUGCGCGAUGGAAAAGGUGGUGUGCACCUGUGCAAUCACAGUCAAGCUCGACUGGAGGCCAAUGUGUUCAGAGGGCUCAACUAUGCAGUGCGCUGCAUCCAGAAUGCCAAAAUGGUGAUGUUGCGUAAUGAAGUGUGUGGGUGCAAGGCGUCUGGUGUGUUUCUGCGACUCUCUGCUCAAGGUCUCAUUGCUGAGAACAACAUUCAUUCCAAUGGGGAAGCGGGACUAGACAUCCGCAAAGGGGCUAAUCCUAUCAUACUGUGUAAUAGAAUCCACAGUGGCUUGCGUUCCGGGAUUGUUGUCCUGGGCAACGGGAGAGGUUCUAUCCGCAGCAACCAGAUCUACGGCAACAAGGAAGCUGGCGUGUAUAUUCUUUUUAAUGGCAAUCCUGUUGUCAGUGGAAAUCACAUUUUCCAGGGCCUUGCAGCAGGCAUUGCUGUCAACGAGAAUGGAAGAGGACUGAUCACUGAGAAUGUUAUAAGGCAGAACCAGUGGGGUGGUGCUGAUAUCCGUCGAGGAGGUGAUCCAGUCCUCCGCAAUAACUUCAUCUGUUAUGGCUACUCGGACGGAGUGGUGGUGGGAGAGAGGGGGAGGGGCCUCAUUGAGGGCAACCACAUAUACGGGAACAGAGGCUGUGGGGUGUGGGUAAUGUCAUCUAGUCUACCUCAGCUCAUUGGAAACCAUAUUACCCAUAACCGCUUGUAUGGGCUGGCUGUGUUUUGCCGGAAGGACACGGAGUCUGCUGUGAGCCGAGAGGGCUAUCGCUCUUUACAGGAAAGAGAGAGAGGAGUCGGGGUUGGAGAGAGGGACAGAGGAGGUCCUGAGAACUUCAAUGAGGAAGGAGAACUGAUGGCAUGGGAAAGUGAUAUCGAUAGCGAAGAUGAACGCUUUUCCUCUCGACGGCCAAUCACAGUAGCCCUAGUGGAAAACAACUGCAUUAGUCACAACGAAGCUGUUGGAGUGUUUGUGAAGAGCAGUGAGCCUCUGAACGUGGUGGCCAACAUGGUGAACAGUAACAGAGGAGACGGCGUGUCUGUCAUUCAGAGCGCUCAGCUGACGCGUUUAGUUGGAAACUGUGUCCUCUGUAAUGGCUGGACAGGAGUGGCCGUGGACAGAGAGUGUCGAGUAGAGCUGCGUGGCAAUGGGGUUUAUGGCAAUAACUGUCAUGGUGUCUGCUUCCGGGGCGAUGGGCUGAUUGUGGAAAACGAUGUGGUUGGAAAUAAUGCUGUUGGAAUACGAGUGAUGGACAAUGCAGAUGUUAAAGUAUUGAGGAAUCGUGUUCAGGUGUUGCGGGGUUAUGGGAUUUCUGUAAAGGAGCGGGUCCGAGGUGUGGUUCAGGAGAACCUGGUUUACCAGAGCCACUCUGCGAGUACUAAAACCCCCAUACGGACAAACAAACAGAACCUGGAGUGUGUUGUACUUAACAAUUCUCUGCUCACACCCAGAUCACAAGCGCUUUGGACCUUGGAUAAUCCACCUCCUCGUCCUCACAAUAGUAACCCUUCUAGCGUCACCCCCUCCACACUUCCUGCUCACCUUGCCAUCACCAUGACAAACAGAAUCACUGCCUCUGUAGAAAGUGGUUGCCAUAACAACGGCAGCAUAUUUUGCUCAAUUUUAUGAGGUACAUAUUUCCUGGCUUUAUAGCUCCACAACAUCAGAUGGAUAUUCCUACAAUGUUCCCUCAAUGUGAACCCUGGGUGAAGGAGGACUAAGAGGAGGUGAAGGCACUGCUUCAAUGUUGGAUGGAUGAUGAACAAUCAGAUUAAGCCUCAAGCACAUGACGUUAAAAUGAUCAAAAAGCACAUUUUUAAUAUGAUUAACCAAAGGUAGGUUGUUUAGUACAGUGGUUCC